AAAGAUUAAAUAUUAAAUUAGAGAUUUAUUUGGUUACUUUUAGGUUUAGUGAAGAAACAGAAAAUUAAAAGUUUAAAAUAAAUUUAAUUUAAUAAAUUCUGAAUUCAACUGCAAGUAGGUGAUGCCAGGUAACAAGAAGAGGAAGUCAUAUGGUGAUGUGGAUGAGGUCAUGGAUGAGAAUGACACUGAGUGCUGCGGUGUCUCGUUCCUCAGAAACUUCAUCUACAUCUUCAACUUCAUCUUCUUUUUAUCAGGCAUAUCGAUGUUGUGUGUGACUGGCUGGUUGUUCUUCUUCAACAUGAGGUUCGUCACCAUCUUCCUCUCCCCCAUUUACUCGUCCAUCAUGUACCUUUCCCUGUCUUGUGCCCUUUUCAUCAUCUUCUUCUUCACCACCGGAUGCGUCGGUGCCAGGUUGCCCAAGUCCUCCUGUCUUGGAUGUUUCGCCACGUGUCUCCUCCUCGUCUUCCUCAUGCAAAUCAGCAUUGGCGUUCUGGCCUACUGCUACCAGUUUAUGGUGAGUAAAGAGUUGUUGGGCUCCUUGAACAAGGCGAUUGCGAAGGGCUAUGCAGUCGAUGCCGCGACUACAUCCGCUGUUGAUCAGAUGCAACAACAAUUGAAGUGUUGUGGCAGUACAUCAUAUGAAGAUUGGAAGAUGAACAAGUGGUUGAGAGACAACAUCACCACAUCAUCAUCACCAACACCAACGAGUAGCAAAUCCCGAAGUGCAGCAUUGAAAAAUAUAGGUGAUGAUGAGAAGGAAGUGAAGAGAGUACCCGACAGCUGCUGCAUAACGAUGGUUGCUGGCUGUGGUCUCAGGAUUCAUCCGUCCAACAUCAACACUGAUGGUUGCACCAGAGGUCUAGAAUUGGUCGUGUUGGAUGAACUGAAUCUUGUCGGGUCCAUGGCUCUUGGAUUCUCCAUCCUUCAAAUUUUCGGGAUGAUAUUCUCAUGCUGUCUAGUCAAGAAACUUCAGACAUGGAAGACAGAAGAUGGAAAGAUGAUGCUGUUAUGAUGAUGGCGAUGAUGAUGAUAAUGAUGAUGAGGAUGGCAAAAAGGAUCACAAGUUUUUAAAAAAUAAUUUUGAUAGAUUCGUGUAAUUUGAUAAUUAAUUAAUU